AUGGAUGGGGAGGUGAUUAGAGCAGGGGUUAUUAAAACGACUGCAGCCUUGGUACAUGGAGGCUUUGAGGACUCAGACACGCCCUUGAUUCAUAUGUACGAGCUCUUCAAGUUGAAUGAGGUACAUGUGGAUGCUGGGGUAAGAAUGGAGGAAGUAGAAGAAAAUGAAAGGGGAACAAAUAUAUCUCCUCAGAUAGAUGAGGAGGACAUACUUAGCUACGCUCGGCAGGACAAUGAUAUCGAUGUAGUAAAUGUUGAAGGGGGAGGAGAAGAUCACUUUAAUUCACAUGGCCCGUAUGUGUCUGCCCAAGUCCACCAUCUAGUGGAAGUAGAGGAUGUAGCAGAAACUGUAAAGGGACCGAAUAGAUCGAUUUAG